GUGAGAGCACAGAGUGGCAUCUCAGCAGGUACCGCUUCCCCAAAAACAUACUGAUUGAUUUAUGCCGUGAUUUACAACCAAUUUUGAAGUGAGAGACAAAACGCACCAAAGCCAUCCCAGUGCGCAUCCAGCUCCUGUCCACCCUGGGACUUUUGGCCACCGGAACAUUUCAGCUAGAGUUUGGAGACAUAUGCGGCAUUUCGCAGCCGACACUAAACAGAAUCAUGCCGGCAGUGUUGGAUGCAAUAAUUUCUCUGGCCCCAACUUAUAUUCAGUUCUCAUACAGACAUCACCAACAAGCCGAAAUUCAACGAGGAUUUCACGCCGUCGCCGGAUUCCCAAACAUAAUUGGAGCCAUAGAUUGCACCCACAUCGCAAUAAAAACACCACCACACAAUCCAAUUUCAUUCAACCAAUGCACAAAUAAUCUGCGAUGCAAAUAUGUCUCUGUUAAACGUUGUUGCCCGGUAUCUUGGAGGAACGCACGACUCAUUCAUUCUGCAGAACAGCUCUGUGGGUGUGCGCCUCCAAGCAGGAGCUCUUGAGGAUGGCUGGCUUAUUAGCACUGGUCGUACCACUGGACACGUUUCCAUGGCAUCAAUGAGGACUGAGGACACUACUGGUGCAGUCGAUCCAAAAUGAGCCACUCAGCAUCUAAGCCACCAACUCCCAUUGAAGAAUGGACCAAGGAAGAAGUUCACGAGUGGCUGAUGACACAGGUCAAAGUUCAUCCGAGUUAUGCUAACAAGUUCCUUGAGGAGGAAGUGUCAGGGGAUUAUCUCAUUGCCUUCGAUAAGAAAGAUAUAUUGGACUUGGGCAUAAAACAUGGUCCUGCGGUCAAAAUCCUCUCUUACCUUGAAAGGUUGAAACAAGGAAAAUAUGAGUCACAGUACCCAGAAUAUGUGGAAAAAUGGACGACGGAGCAAGUGAAGCAGUGGUUACUGCAGCAUGUGAAGAUAUACAGCAAGUAUGCAGAGCAGCUCCAAGAAGAAGAGGUGUCUGGUGAUUGUCUUGUUUGCUUCAGUAAGCAAGAUUUAGUGGAUCUGCAGGUGAAAAGCGGUCCUGCUGUCAAGAUUCUGCGUGAGCUCCGUGAGCUGAACAACAAGCCUGAGCCGACGCUGCAGCCCACGUCACAACCCAGCACCGGCCAGGAGGAGGCGCCACAACCCAGUCCGCCUCAGGCUCCACCCACCAAACAGCCAGAAGCAAACAAAGAAGAAUUGAUCAAAAAUGAACCUAGAAAUGAAAAAAUGAUCAAAAAUGAAUCCACAAAGGCUCAGCUGCCAGUUGAAGGAGCUGCCAUAAAGGAGGAAGCUGCACAAAGCCUGAAACCCCUGAGGCCACAGGCCCAGGGGGCAAAGAGGAACAAAUCUGAUGGGAUGGCAACUCAGUUAAUCCAGGAAACUCUGGAUGAUUUGAGGAAACAAGAUCUAAAAUCUUUUCAGUUCCAGUUAAGACAUUACACAGAAUCCCAGCAUGGACCCAUUGCUCUGAGCAAACUGGAGGACAAGGACACCAUUGACACCGCCAGCACAAUGACCCAGCACUAUGGAAAUGAGAACGCGUUACAGGCCACUCUCAAUAUUCUUCCUACAAUAAAUCAGCGACAGCUUGCUCGUCAGCUGGAAAGCAAGAUGGGUCAACUGAAGCUGCAGUGUCACAAAGAAGAAGCUCCACGGAGAGAAGCUAACCACGGUGACAAGUUGAAGAAUUUAUUAACUUGUGGGGGUAACUCCCUUGACCACUAUGAUAGAUUUGUUGUUGUUGUGAACAAGAGUUGUCCUGAGCAGAUAGAGUAUCUCCAGUUUCUGAAUAAGAUGAAACUGUUUUGUGUCCUGGACUUUGACCCCAACUCUGCAGUCGAAGGUGGGCUGUGUCAUUCCUACAGAGAGUCAAGAGUGGCCAAUCUGCAUGCUCCAUCUCAGUAUCAAGGACAGACUGAUACUGUGAUGAAGGACCUUAACCUUUACAAACAGACCAGCUGGGUUUUCUGCAAUGGGAGACACGACCUUGACAGUGAAUCAAACAGAGAGUUAGAUUAUAAGAACUGGUUGAGAAAAAUUUGCAGAGACAUAGAGCAGCUGGUUUCCUUCAUUUGCAAGCCAGAGGUUCUUCCCUAUGGAAGAACUCUCAUCAUAUUUCUUCUGCUUUCAUCAGUGCAAACGGAGAAAGACCCACUCUUUGAAACUUUCAGGACUUUCUACAAACACACAGAGGAGGAACACAUCAUCAGUAUUUGUGAAUCUCAGAGCACAUAUGAGAAAUGGAAGGAUCUGAUACAGUCAAAGUGUGAGUGUGACAUCACCAGGCAGUCAGUGUAUGAGUUAACCCUCAGUGAGGUCAACGGAACUAUAAUGUCACUUGGACCAUUUAAUCAGUCAUCUGGAAGGUUGCUUCCCUCUUCUGAUUCCAGCUCUGUUGUUCUUAAGCAGAUGGAUGAAGACCUCAUGACAGCUCUUGACAUUUUGUGUCUGAAUCAAUGUGAAAAUAUCUAUGAGGAAAACAGUGCAGAAUUUGACAAUUUCAGAAUAAAAGUUGAGGAGGAAUUCUUCAGAGGAGGCAAAGUCAAAUGGUGGAACUUCUACUUCUGUGAGAAAAACAAAGCAAAGCCAUUCAUCAAGAGAGAAAAACAUGAAAAACUAAAGAAGAUGAUCAGAUCCCAGUCAAGGGAUCCCACAAACCCAUGUGUGCUGUUCAAUCUCUUUCACCCUCCAGGUUGUGGUGGUACCACCUUAGCAAUGCAUGUGAUGUGGGAUCUUCGUCAGGACUUCAGAUGUGCCAUGUUGAAAGACAACACGUUGCCAAAACCAGAAGUUGCUAUUCAAGUCCGAAAGCUGAUGAAGCUUGAAAGUGACAAACCAUAUUCAGUUUUGUUGUUGGUUGAUGAUUCGAAGGAAACAGAGAAUGCUCACCAACUUGUUAACUACAUCCGUGAAGAUGUUCUGGACAACUGCUCCCUGGAUGAUGCAUCAAACUGCCAAGUGAUCAUUCUGAACUGUGUUCGUACCCUCAGCCCCAAGGAGCAAUACCGGAAACUCAAUUCAACACCGUGUCAGUACAUCACUACAUCACUAACACAAAAAGAGAAAGACGAUUUUGAGGAGAAACUUAAAGAACUCAGAGAAACUCAUAAAAAACCUGAAAACUUUUACAGCUUUAUGAUCAUGAAGAACAACUUUAUUCUUCCUGACUACAUAAAUGACAUUGUUCGUAACACAGUGGAGAACUUUGACCUGAGUACAAAAGAAGCUCAACUCUUUGCCUUCCUAGCUUUACUGAACAACUGUGUGGCAGAAUCUGAAAUCUCUCUUUCACUUGCUGAGGAUUUUUUGGGGAUGAAAAUGAUUCGCUGGCGAGAGGAUAGUGUACUGGAAAGAAUGAGGCCAUAUUCAAACUUUCUUAUUAUAGACAUAGUUGAGGAAUUGGGAGGAUACAAAGGAAUCCGAAUCCUUCAUCGCACCAUAGCUUCUGCAUGUCUUGAGGAGUUUGAGAAAAGCUACCACAUGAAAGUAAGUGACAUAGCUAUGGACAUGCUUCACUGUGAUCUGUUCUUCAGAGUUGGAGCUGGAAGAGACAGAUUCAUGCUCUCAAUUCAGCGAAUGCUAAUUGAAAGGCAACGGAAGAAAGAUGGAGAUGAGAGACAGUCAUUUUCUUCUCUCAUAGAGAAAAUACACAGCCAGCAAGGAAGACAAACUGUCCAAGACAUCUUUGUCAAAGCAUCAUCCCAGUUUGUAAAAAGUGCAUCCAUUCCCCAGGCACUGGCACGAUAUUUGUACAUCAAUGAGCGUGAUUUUCCAGAGGCUCUGAAAUGGGCAGAAAAAGCCAAGGAAAUCAAAGAAAACCCUAAAACAGUUGACACAAUAGGACGGGUAUACAAAAGCAAUUUGCAAUACAACAUCCAGAGUGAAAAGCAGAAGACACUGCAAAAUCCAGAGGAUUUGGACAACAACAUUAAGCUGGCAGUUAAUGCCAUUAAAGCUUUUCAAAGGGCUCAGGACCUGGCAAAUACAGAGGAUGAACUUGAGAAAGAAGCAACUGACCAGGACUCUGAGGACUAUCCCAUAAAAUCAUCGUACAAUGUUUAUGGCUAUGUGGGUGAGCUGGAAGUUGCUUUCCUCGUCUUUGAGAUAUUGAGCAGAUUACCAUUCUUUGGGGAAGGUGAUCCCAUGAAGAAGAGGUACUUACAGAGUUUUCUGAAGGGGACAUGCUCGAUCACCAGUGUGUACAAGGAGGAUACUGAGAUCAACAACAGAUACACUGACAUUAUCAAAGAUCAUGAGCGAUUUCUACUUAGUUUGAAAACCAACAUCAAAGACUCAUUUGAAUUCUUUGACUAUUACUUCACACACCUGAAAGCAACCACCUUAGGAGAAUUUGAUUCAAAAAAUUUCUUGACAGUCAGUGACCACUUUAAAAAGUAUGUAACACUUUUUUGCUCUUCACUUGAGGAAAAAAGAACAGAACAAGCAAACAAUCCUAAACUCAAUUUGAAAAUGGAUUUGGAAGCACACAGACUGUUUCUUGAGAAGAACCAUGCAGAUACAUUUGCUGGGAUUUUUCAGCAUUUGGACAAACAUCCUGAUGAGAUGGAGAACAUCUCUGCAAGCUAUGAAUUCUUGCAACAAAACCAACAAUUCAUCAACCAAAAACAAAAGACAAAGGAAAAAAUCAAUUACAUUUUGUCAAACAUAAUUCUUAACCUUUUGAAUCCAAGAUCUAAAUAUGUGAAGAGUGACAUCAAACUCUCUGCUCUCUGCAAGGAAACUCUGCAAGAUGUUGGAUUGGGGUAUCCCUUCCCAGACCCGUACUACCUGGCUCUUCUGUUGUUCUGGCCAAGUUCGACUCAGGAAGACACAGAAAUCAGGACAUAUGUUACUGCAAUUCGAAAGUCAUCCCACAGGCGUCUGUCUAUUCUGUUUCGAAAGAGGAGCACUAUUGCCUACUUCUACCUAGGAAAAGAAAAAGGGCUCAGGAGGCUUGUCCCAAAACCCAAACUUGAUGAGUGUUUUUUAGAGAUAAAACGUUCUGCUUUGGCACAACUUUGGCGGAAUGGGGACAUUUUUAAGGAGCAAGAAAUCAUCAAACGGCUUCAUCGGGUCAGCGGAACCAUUGAGCUUGGAGAGGUGUUUGCCAUUUAUGGCAAACUAAAAAUCCCAGUGCAUCCAGCUUUUGGUGGAAUAAGAAGUGGUCUCAGCACAGAGAAGGUUUCCUUCUACCUUGGUUUUGCUAUCAAUGGUCCCAUUGCAUACGAUAUCCAGUAUGAAAACUAGGGUAGUUUAGGUCGGCUGCAAAAGACAAUAUCACAAGCACUGAGCAAGACUGUGGUAAAACAAGUGUGGCAGCCAGUGAUUCACUGUCAAGGCAAUGUCAAACAAACAAGAACACCUGAGCAAAAGAUGCAUAAGAAAGACCACAGAUGUAAACACAUGUCCUGUAGCCAGUUUUCUACAGCAAGUAUCCUGGGUGGGCACGGUCACUGAUGGGCGGGGUCACUGAUGCACUGAUGUGUUUAUCUGACUGCUCUUUUUUUUUUGUUGAUGGAAAAGUGAACAAAAAAAUCACUCCAUGUCUUCUUUUGUGUGACUACAGAUAUUGAUCAUUGCUGUAUAAAGUACAGGUUUGUUUGCUGGUUAAUCUAAUUUUCUAGAUGUACACUGGCUAAUGCUUUUGCAGUGACAGUAAAUGUAUAAGUCAAAAUCAGCUCACUUUGAAUCUUGAAGUAACGAGUAUUGUAUUUGUUUAAGUUUUAGUAUGGAAAAUGAAUGUCACAACGCCUGUUGUAAAAUGGUGUAUUUGUGCAGACUGUGGCCUAAACAGUCUUCAAACUGGACGUCGCUGUAUAAAAUGACCUCUAGUGACCUGUAGGAGA